GCACCCCCGCUUCCUCAGCCCGAACAGCUUCGCACUGUUCGAGCAGCUAGCCACAAUGUUGGAUUUCUCGCAUCGUUUCUGAGCACGUAUCGGAUCUGUUGUUGCGUGUCUUCGUCUACCUCGCAUCUCAUUAUUGAUAUUGUUGCAUUUUCUUCAUUUUGACGUUACGGUGGUCAUUUCCGUGCCGCGAUUGUGGUUUGCGGUGUCGAAGUUUGGAGGGCGAUGCGGAUCUGAGGGUAAAGGGAUUGUGCGUCCCACGAGCCUUUGUUGGGUGUUCUUUUUGUGAUAUUUAGGAACAGGAGAGACUGGCAUUGUGUUUAUUUUUCUUGGAAAGGUGAAGAGGAAAGACGCUUCUGCUCAGGAGUUGGAGAGGGGUCGUAUGUGGAGCUUGAAGUGAGCUCUCAGCUGCAGAAGAGGGAGCGGGUGCCGUGGUUCCGCUAUGGAGUUUUACUUCUACGCCGUGUUUGGGAUCCAGGUCAUUGCCCUGGUGGCCCUGGAGUUUGGGAAGUCUGGCAAGGACCGGAUCACCACGUCUUCUGCUUUCAAUGCCUUCAAGAACAACUACCUGGUCGUCUACUCGCUUAUGAUGGCGGGAGACUGGCUGCAAGGACCAUACGUGUACGCCCUAUAUGUCUUUUACGGGUACAAUAAAGGUGAUAUCGGAAAGCUUUUCAUAGCUGGAUUUGGAUCAUCCAUGCUUUUCGGGACUAUUGUUGGAUCUCUUGCCGAUCGAUAUGGGCGCAAGAGGAUGAGUGUCAUUUACUGUAUUACAUACAUGCUGAGUUGCUUUACGAAGCAUUCUCCAGAGUACAGGGUGUUGAUGUUGGGACGUGUAUUGGGAGGCAUCGCCACAUCACUGCUUUUCUCUUCAUUUGAGUCCUGGCUUGUUGCUGAGCAUUUUAAGAGAGGUUUUGAGGCACAGUGGUUGUCAUUGACUUUCUCCAAGGCUAUAUUCUUGGGUAAUGGACUGGUUGCUAUUCUUGCUGGAUUAGUCGCAAACACUCUGGCGGGUACUUUCGGCUUGGGCCCCGUCUCCCCCUUUGAUGCCGCAGCUUGUGUUCUAGCGGUCGGCAUGGCGAUAAUUAUUUCUACCUGGCCAGAGAACUAUGGAGACCAGACAGAGGGCAAGAGCUUCACCCAUCAAUUUACGCAGGCAGCUUCAGCUAUUGCUUCUGAUGAGAAGAUUGCUUUGUUGGGUGCCAUCCAGUCCCUGUUUGAAGGAUCCAUGUAUACGUUUGUAUUCCUUUGGACACCAGCCUUGAGCCCUAACGAUCAGAAAAUUCCAUUUGGCUUUAUCUUUGCCACUUUCAUGCUUGCUUCUAUGUUGGGAAGCUCUUUAGCAUCUCGUCUGAUGUCACGUCCACACUUGAGGGUGGAGAGCUACAUGCAGAUUGUGUUUAUGGUCGCUUCGGGUUCUCUCUGCCUUCCAGUCAUCAUCCAAUUCUUUUUGCCGGAUUCGCCCUCGGCUAGCAUUACGGCUGGGGGGCGACUAAACCUCCUGGGUUUCUGUAUAUUUGAGAUGUGUGUGGGAGUUUUCUGGCCAUCUAUCAUGAAAAUGAGGUCCCAGUAUAUCCCUGAAGAGUCGAGGAGCACAAUCAUGAAUUUUUUCCGGAUUCCUUUGAACGUAUUUGUGUGUGUUGUACUGUACAAUGUCAGUGCAUUCCCUAUCAGUGUGAUGUUUGGAAUGUGCGCAAUAUUUCUGGCACUGGCUGGUGUCUUGCAGCGCCGGCUCUUGAUGGUUUCUGACAAGCACAGAAGCAGGUCAAUUGAGACGUGGACGACUGAGAAGGGAGCUGAAUUAGAACCCCUCAACAUUUAAGUAUGUAUUUAGGUUGCACCCUAGGGAUAGAGUAACAUAGUAAAAGGGAGUGUUGUUCCUACUUGUUGACCUUAGAUAAGCAUUCUUCGGAUGUUAGUGAUCGUCGAUGUGACAUAUGGUAGAAAAAUCUUCGAUUCUGUUAUAGCUUUGGACUCAAGUUUGCAUUUAUUUGAGGACUUACCAAACUGGUUAUUUGUACUUGCAUAACUAUCAAAUUACUUUUGCAUUUAUCUCAA